AACAGUCCUGUAAUCCAAAACAUCUUCGAAUUGGAGACCAAAAGUACUUACCUCUCCAAAUGGUACCAUGUUUUUUUCCGGAUUUCACAACUCAAACAUUUCAUGACCUCUGAUCUGUUCUCUAUAAACUCAAAACAGGCAAAGUCAGACUGAUUUUUUUAACAUAUCAACCAUGUCUUUAGCUCUCUACUCCUCACCACCAUUGCCAAGAACCAUCAGAACCCCAGCUCUGGUUUUUCAAAGCAACCAUUUGUCGUUCAACAGCCACUCAUUUCUCAGCCCUUCAAACUUUUUUUCACGAACCCAGCUGCUCAAACCAUCCAUUUUGAUCGUUAAAACAUCGGAAACUGGGUCCCAGACGUCGAAACCAGGGGGUGGAAGUGAAGAUGAACAACAGUACGAAGAGUAUGAGGUGGAGCUGGUGCAACCAUAUGGGCUGAAAUUCGCCAAGGGCAGAGAUGGUGGAACUUACAUAGAUGCGAUUGCACCGGGUGGGUCGGCUGACAAGUCUGGGAUGUUCACUGUUGGGGAUAAAGUACUUGCCACCAGUGCAGUGUUUGGGUCAGAAAUAUGGCCUGCUGCUGAAUAUGGAAGGACAAUGUACACAAUUCGACAAAGAGUUGGCCCAUUGUCGAUGAGAAUGCAGAAGAGAUAUGGUAAGCAGGAGGAUAGCGGUGAAUUAACAGAAAAAGAGAUUAUCAGAGCUGAGAGGAACUCGGGGGUGAUUAGUAACAGAGUGAGGGAAAUUCAAUUGCAAAAUGCUCUAAGAAAAAAGGAACAGAAAGAGCUCAGGACGAAGGACCUUCGUGAAGGACUGCAACUUUACAAGAAUGCCAAAUAUGAGGAAGCAUUAGAGAGGUUCGAGUCAGUAUUGGGAUCACAACCAGAUCUAGAUGAAGCUUCAGUAGCAAGUUACAAUGUGGCAUGUUGUUAUUCUAAGCUUAAUCAGACGCAAGCUGGGCUCUCUGCGCUUGAAGAUGCCUUGCAGGCAGGAUUUGAGGACUUCAAGAGAAUCCGAACAGAUCCUGACCUAGCCAGUAUAAGAACAUCCGAGGAAUUUGAGACUCUUUUAAAAAGGUUCGACGAGUCAUUUAUCAAUGAAAAUGCCAUCAAUGCCAUUAAAUCUUUAUUUGGCAUAUUCAACAAGAACUAGAGCCUUGAAUUAGAUUCAAAUAAAACGGAGUCCAAGUUCUAAAUCGCACUGAGAUAAUGCAGGGAUUGGCAUAGCAAUAUUUCAAAGCAAUUCAGUUUCUCUUUCGUGAAUUUGUUCAUGUCAUUACUUUUCAAUGACUAUUGAGAAUUCAUUGUGAUUUUUUUUCUCAAUGACAUGUUUCUCAUGAAUUCUCUCUUCAA